AUGGCGCACUGGCACAUGCAAGUUUUCCGUAACAGUCGCUCACGUGAGCGUUAUGUGUAUUCGAAGUCUCAAUCUGAAUGUGUUCGCCGACGUCGAUCGCGAUGUCCGUCAGGCAGAAAAAGUGCAAAAGAUCGGAAAUUGGUUAGAUUACUUGUGUACAAGAGAAGAUUGGAGGACGAAAUACUGCGUAAAUGGAGUCAGAAAUGGGAAAAUAGCGCGGGAAAAAAUGAAGCCAUUCUGUUGGGUGGUGGGCGUGGAAGACCAACAAAACAAGUCUCUAAAAUAUUUGAUGUAAAAAAGUUUGUGGCGAUAGUUACUGAAAGUAUGGAAAUGGAUUUUAAAAGCAAAAAAGAAAUGUGGGAAUCGAUUGCACAAGAGUAUUAUGGAGCAAUUAGAGUGGAUAAAAAGAAAAUAGACAAAUUGCGAUUAAUUUGGAGAAGCAAUGAUUACAAUGUCCAAGAAAAAAGACUCAAGAUAAAGUCAAAGUUUCGACAGCAAACGGUCUCAAACGAAAGUUACGUGCCUGGAAUUUUAUAUCAGAAAGCCACUUCCGACAGUUCAGACACUGCUCACACUGAGAAUGCUGUAAACAAAGCAGAGAGAAGUGGAAAAAAUAUUUCAAUAAAUUACAGAUGUAGCUCUGAAUCUCAUUCUGGCGAGUGUACGUUAACUGAUUUCUUUGGAAAUGU